GGCUGCAGGCUGGUCACACGAGCUCAGGCCGGUGCAGGGAGCAGCUGAAUAUAACAUGGACGAGGAGCUCUGUUUCUGACAGGUUGAAAGGACAAGAAGAGAAAGCCGUGAUGUCGGACAAGAAGCCCCGGGGAGCAGACACCCGGCCCAAGUGCGGCCUCCGCAGCUGGAGCGCAGACAGCUACGUGUGGAGGGGGAAGAAACGCUCCCGGAGCUCUCGUAACGGCUCCAGCCCCGGAGGGCUGGAGGGGGACGGCUCGGAGGAGCUGGAUGUGCGUUCCACCUCCAGCCCGCGGCGCCGCAGAGAGAGGAAGUGCAGCUGCAGCGGUCUGGGGGACGCGCUGGCGCCCGGAGACAUGGACGUGGUGUGCCGCAAGGCCCUGUCCCGGCGCUCUCUGAGGCAGAAGUUCCAGGACGCCGUGGGCCAGUGUUUGCCGCUCCGCUCCCACCACCACCACCACCACCACCACUACCACCACCCGCCGGGCUCCUCCAGACCCUUCUCCGUCCUCUUCUGGUCCAAACGCAAGAUCCACGUGUCGGAGCUCAUGCAGGACAAGUGUCCCUUCUCACCAAAGUCUGAACUGGCCAGAUGUUGGCACCUCAUAAAGAAGCAGGCCCCCCACCAGAGAGCCCUGAGCGACACGGAGGCCCCGCUGAAGCCCAGCCUCUCCUCCUCCACCUCUCCACCACAAACCCCCCUCUCCUGGGAGGACGUCUGCUCCCCGGGGCCUGCAGGGCCGUCCCUGGAGGACUGGGACCCCUCGUGUGGGGAAGAGGACGCCUGCCGGGGGCACACCGACUACAUCCUGGUCCCCGACCUGCUGCAGAUCCACAACAGCCCGUGUUACUGGGGCGUGCUGAACCGCUUCGAGGCGGAGGAGCUGCUGGAGGGACAGCCGGAGGGGACGUUUCUGCUCAGGGACUCUGCACAGGACGAGUUUCUGUUCUCGGUCAGCUUCCGCCGCUACAGCCGGUCCCUGCACGCACGCAUCGAGCAGAACGGAAAGCGUUUCAGCUUCGACGUGCGCGACCCUUGCAUGUACCGAGAUCCCAGCGUGACAGGACUGCUGAGACACUACAGCGACCCCGCCGCCUGCCUCUUCUUCGAGCCCUUGCUCUCCAGGCCGCUGUCCAGGACCUUCCCGUUCCCCCUGCAGCACCUGUGCAGGGCCGUGAUCUGCAGCUGCACCACCUACCGGGGCAUCGACGGCCUGCCGCUGCCGCCGCAGCUCAGGGACUAUCUCAGACAGUACCACAUCCGCUGUGACGGGGCCUGCGGGGACUGAAGGCUCCACGCAGGUAUCAUCUUGAUUUCAAAGAUUAUCUUGAUGCAUAAGGAGACCAAACAACCAAACCAAGCACCAUCAGUCCUGAAUCCGUUCAGUGAAACAGCUGGAACCUGCUGUGAUUGUCUGAGACGCCUUGAUCUCCAUUAACGACUUGUCACUUUAAUGUCCUUAUGAAAUGUCUUCAGUCCUUACAUGUGGAUAUUACGGAAGAGUAUUAGGGCCAGGCAGGAGAAAAAUAAAAAUUAUAUUUUAGAGGAGGAAGAUUUUUUUUUCAUUAUGCACUUCGAGAAAAAAGUUGAAAUGUUGAGAAAUAAGUCAAGAUUUCAUGAAAAAAGUCGAAAUGUUGAGAAAAAAGUCGAAAUGUUGAGAAAAAAGGCGAAAUUUCGUGAAAAAAGUUGAAAUGUUGAGAAAAAAGUCGAAAUUUUAAGAAAAACGUCAAAAUGUCGAGAUUAAUGAAGUACAAUUUCGAGAAAAAAGUCGAAAUCUCGAGAAUAUUGUUGAAAUAUAAUUUUGAGAAAAAAGUCGAAAUGUUGAGAAAAAAGGCGAAAUUUCGACUUUAUUCACAGAAUUUCGACUUUUUUCUCGACAUUUCGACUUUUUUCUCGAAGUGCACAAUAAAAAAAAAUCUUCCACUCUCAAAUUUUUUUUCUCUUACCUGGCCCUAAUACUCUUCCGUAGGGAUAUAGUGUUUUGAAUUUGGAACAGAUUUCCCUUUACGUCACUCACACUUGCCUUGAAUGAACUGCACCUUUUGUUUCUUUAGAAAUAGAGGAGAUGUGGAUCUUUGUUACUGUCCCAUCGACCAGUGCUGUCAGAGGACAGACGCAGAAACACCCGCUGCAACCACUAAUACCCAUCAUUAACAUCAGUAAAAGUUGAAUUUUUACAUAUAGCAGGUUAUUCCUAAUAACCAGAGUUUUUCACUGAAUUCAAAACCAAAUAUCUGCAGAUAAUUGUACAAAUUGAAAUGUAAACUGAAUUGAUCACAAAUGUACUCUGGGAAACUCUCCCAAUGCCAUUGUGUUUUAUAUUAAGCGUUAAUAUUCAUCUGAUAAACAAAACGGGCCCGAAUGCUAAUUAAAAAAAAGUCAAUUACAACCAAUAGGCAAUAACCUUAUUUUUCCCUCUGAAGAGAGCCAAUUCAAGCUCGUUAAAUCUGGCUGCAUUCUGCUCAGCGGCCACAAGGUGGAGCCACAACUGCAACAAUCGCCUGGACCCCCCUGACUCUUUAUCAUUAAAAUCUCUUGAAAAUCACUUUGACACAUGUUUUUCAAAAAUAACUUUAAGUUUUUUAUUUAAAAAUAAUUGUUUACAUACUGCGGUGCAGUACGGCACACCUUUGAGACUAGGCGUGUCCUCGGAAUCAUAGUUUCACCCUACAUGUUGUACUCCCCAAUAAAUGCAAUUUACAUUUCCUCUGCUGUAUGAUAGUUAGUCUGCUUUUCUUGUCAUCUGUGCCUCGUGCUGCGGCUGUUUGGGACCUUGACAAGCUAACGGUGUGGAAAAUGCUGGUUUUGAAGUGCUCCUCUGAAAAUGAUUCAUCUCACUCCCUGCAAAGGACGCGUCUAAAUGCCAGAGCAAAUGGAGAGAUAAGGACAUGAAAAAGAUUAUUUUGGUGGAGUUCUGAUUUUUUAAUUGAUCUCGGCCUCGUCUGAACAUGUGGAGGGGAGACAAAAAGGGGCUUUAAACAACAAAACAAAACAAAACCCUGAGGUGACUUCUGCGAGUACAGACAUGUGAAUAAAAUAUUCAUCAUUUUAGAUUUUAAGGCACAAUCAAAAUUUUUCUUUGUUCAGUAUUUGAGACACAUUUUACUCUGACAUCCUCAUCUCACUUGUUUUGAAACAAUAUGUUUAUUUCAUGUAACAGAUGAUCUACAUCAAAUGUGAACCCCACUUCUUCUUUCUUUGGUAUUAAUCCAACAUUUUCAGUUUUCUUAUUUAAUAAAUCUCUCAAGGAUGAAACCAAAGAUUCAGUUCAACUAGCGGGAGGAAAAAGCCACUGGGGUGUGCCACUAGAUGUCAUAAAAUAUUCCCAAACCAUUUUUUUUUCUCCCAUUGCUUUGACAAUAUGUAGCUUUUUUUUGUUGUACUGAUAAAGUUUCACUCUGAAGCUCCUCUAAUGUUAUAAAGUAAGUGCUUGUUGCAGCUUAGACCAGUACCUGUUUAUACAUUUAUUUUUACAUUUAUUUUAAUGCUAUUUUAUCUCACUUUACUUUUUUGGAAAGAAAAUAUGACGCAAAGAAGAAAAAGGCCAACACUUCUCAUCUAAUUUUUGUUCAUUUGAUUUUAUGUUUUCAGGGAAGAAAAUAUGUCCCAAAGAAGAAAUCAGCUACGAUGUCUCCUUUCUUUUUUUAAAUGCACAUGCUGUAGAGAGGAAAUACAUUAACUUUUGUUAGAGCUUAAUUACGUUACUGCAGUUCUGUUAAAUAAGUUUUACUGAAAGGAAA